GGGCCGGCCGGGUCCGUUAGGUGUGUACGGUCGGCUAUGGCCUGGCACGCGCUGUGGCUGUGGCUGUCCGUGGCCUGGGCGGGGGCUGAGGCCUGGCUUUGGACUACGGUGGACCCAGGGACGGCGGCUGCGGCAGCGGGGCUGGAGUCGGCCGAGGCCCCGGACGGGCUGUUCGCGGCGGGCGCCGCGGCCUACGCUCGCGGGGACUGGGCGGCGGUGGUGCUGCACAUGGAGCGCGCGCUGCGCUCCCGGGCCGCGCUCCGCGCCCUGCGCCUGCGCUGCCGCUCUCAGUGCGCCGCCCAGUACCCCUGGGAGCCCGAGCCGGAGCCGGGGUCGGGGCCCGAGGCCGAGGCGGGCCGGGCCGCGGCCGUCCUGCACGACCUGCGUUUCUUCGGCCGGCUGCUGCGGCGUGCCGCCUGCCUCCGCGGCUGCCUGGGCCCGCCCGCCGCGCACACCCUCAGCGAGGAGCUGGAGCUGGAGUUCCGCAAGCGGAGCCCCUACAACUACCUACAAGUGGCGUACUUCAAGAUUAACAAGCUGGAGAAGGCCGUUGCAGCUGCAAACACCUUCUUUGUGGGGAACCCGGAGCACCUGGAGAUGCGCCAGAACUUGGACUAUUAUCAAACGAUGUCGGGGGUCAAGGAGGAAGACUUCAAGGACCUCGAGGCCAAACCUCACAUGCACGAGUUCCGGCUAGGUGUGCGGCUCUACUCAGAGGAACAGCCCCAUGAAGCUGUGCCCCAUUUGGAGGCAGCCCUGCAAGAGUAUUUUGUGGCAGAUGAAGAGUGCCGUGCCCUCUGUGAGGGACCCUAUGACUAUGAUGGCUACAACUACCUUGAAUAUAACGCCGACCUCUUCCAGUCCAUCACAGAUCAUUAUAUCCAGGUGCUCAGUUGUAAACAAAGUUGUGUGACCGAGCUUGCUUCUCAUCCCAGCCGAGAGAAGCCCUUUGAAGACUUCCUCCCAUCACACUAUAAUUAUCUGCAGUUUGCCUACUAUAACAUCGGGAAUUAUACCCAAGCUAUUGAAUGUGCCAAGACGUACCUGCUCUUCUUUCCCAAUGAUGAAGUGAUGAACCAGAACCUGGCCUAUUACAUAGCUAUGCUCGGAGAAGAGCCAGCGAAGCUCCUAAGCCCCCGGGAGAAUGCCCAGAAAUACCGACACCGAAGCCUGUUGGAGAAGGAGCUGCUUUUCUUCGCUUACGACGUUUUUGGAAUUCCCUUUGUGGACCCAGACACAUGGACCCCAGAGGAAGUGAUUCCCAAGAGACUGCAAGAAAAGCAGAAGACAGAAAGGGAAACAGCUGUGCGCAUUUCUCAAGAAAUUGGAAACCUCAUGAAGGAGAUUGAAACUUUGGUGGAGGAGAAGACAAAGGAGGCUGUGGAUGUGAGCCUGCUGGCUCGGGAAGGCGGCCCCCUGCUCUAUGAUGGAAUCAGCCUCACCAUGAACUCUAGGGUGCUGAAUGGCUCCCAGCGGGUAGUGAUGGAUGGAGUCAUCUCUGCUGACCAGUGUCGGGAGCUGCAGAGACUCACCAAUGCAGCAGCGACUGCAGGGGAUGGGUACCGUGGUCACACCUCCCCCCACACCAAGAGUGAGAAGUUCUAUGGUGUCACUGUCUUCAAAGCCCUCAAGCUGGGCCAGGAGGGGAAGGUGCCCCUGCAGAGUGCCCAUCUCUACUACAACGUGACUGAGAAGGUGAGGCGCGUCAUGGAGUCCUACUUCCGGCUGGACACACCCCUCUACUUCUCCUACUCCCACCUGGUGUGCCGCACAGCUAUCGAAGAAGCCCAGGAAGACAGGACUGACAGCAGCCAUCCAGUACACGUGGACAACUGCAUCCUGAACGCCGAGGCCCUGGUGUGCACCAAGGAGCCCCCGGCCUACACCUUCCGGGACUACAGUGCUAUCCUUUACCUCAAUGGGGACUUUGAUGGCGGAAACUUUUAUUUCACUGAGCUAGAUGCCAAGACCGUGACGGCAGAGGUGCAGCCCCAGUGUGGCAGGGCUGUGGGCUUCACCUCAGGGGCAGAGAACCCCCAUGGCGUAAGGGCCGUCACCAGGGGGCAGCGCUGUGCCAUCGCUCUGUGGUUCACUCUGGACCCCAGGCACAGUGAACGGGAUCGGGUGCAGGCAGAUGACCUGGUGAAGAUGCUCUUCAGCCCUGAAGAAUCAGACCUGUCCCAAGAGCAGCCCCACCCUGAGGCUCAGCAGGACUCCCCCACAUCUCCCAAGGAGCCUCCCUCAGUGACCAAGUCAGGGAACAAGGAUGAGUUAUGACAGUGUCCAGGAGGAAGGGCACUGGCUGCACAUGGAUUGAUGGGAGAGCGGGGGUGGGAGGCCUAGAAUGAGGUCGUUCUGGCCCCCUAAGUGCCUUGGGGCUGGAGGAUUGGGGGGUGACACCUGUCUGCUGCCCUGCACCAGUCUGCAGAGCCAAGGUGAUGGGACACGUCCCCCAAACUUGGUGCUACUACUUGAGUGGCUGGCAGGAAGGGCCGGCCUGCCGCUGCUCUUACAGCCUGGCCUGGAGGCUCAGGGCUCCUCUCUGCUGGGGGAUCCCCAUUCUACCAGGAGUCAUGGUGCAGGCUGGCUUACAAGGCUCCAGCACUACAGUAUUUGGGUACCAUAUGUAGACAACCAAAGAAUAAAGAUUUUCUUUUCUA